AUGGAACAAAAUACUGAAAUAUCUGAACAAUCAACAUUGUCACCUGAAUUAGUAUCGGAUCCAUCAAAUUUGUUCAAUUUAGAUCAAGCAAAUGAACUAACUUCAGACAAGGCAAAGGAAUUAUUCGAAUUUAUACAAACAACUUCUUAUGCUCAAAAUAUACUUAAGUUGAAUUGGAUCAACUCUCUCAGUUCAACUUUUCUACAGGGUCAUACUGAUUGUAAAGAAAAGACUGAUGAAUUCAUUGAUGAUGGUGAUAAUAAUAAUGAUUGUACUUCAAAUGACUUCAUUAAAGUCAGUUGCACAAUACAUGAUGACUUCAAGAAGUUGGUAAAUCACUUACGUCAACAUAAGCAAACAGGAUCAAUUAGUCAAGAUGAUUCAAUAGAUAACUCCGAAAAUACGGGUGUUAUUGACAGGAUUAAAUUUAUCAUUCCAAAUAAUAGUGAUACUGUUACUACUACUACUAAUGACAAUAAUAGUAAUAAUAACAAUAGUGAUAUGAGUAUACGGAGUCCUAACAAAUUGUAUCAACUGUGUAAUGAAAUAAAGCACUAUCAGGACUUAUUGGGCAGUAAUCGCAAAGUAUCAGGUGAUUUAGUCUCCAUUUUAAGCUUGUUGAAUAACUCUUCUCCACCGAGUAUACCAUCAUUGAAAAUACAGUCAAACAGAAAUAUAACUUCGUAUUCGGAAAAAUGUAAUACUACCAAGAUCAAUGAUCUCUCAAAUACUGAAUACACAAAUCAAGAUGAUCCAACAGGAAUGAGAUCACUUCAAAGUCAAGUGAUCACUAAAAUAUCUAAUAAUGAUGAGCAUUUGGUUUCAGGAUUCAAAGAAAAACUGAUAAACCCUUUGUUUAAAUUCAUUAAUGACAAACAUACUCCAAUAGUGCAACAAAAAAGUAAUCAACACCAUCAACAACCUAUAUCAUAUGAUAUUUCUACACGAAAACCGGCACUACAUUGGACUAAACUUGGUGUACCUCAACCAGCUACUCUUACCAAAUAUUCAGCUCCUGUACACAUAGAUGUCGGUGGUACUUUAUAUACAUCUUCACUACAAGCCUUGACAAAGUAUCCUAAAUCGAUGUUGGGAAAAAUGUUCAAUGGUACAAUUCCUAUAGUUUUAGAUACAAUGAAACAACAUUAUUUCAUCGAUAGAGACGGAACACUAUUUAGACAUGUACUCAACUUUCUGCGUACUAAUAAAGUAAACUUAGAUCCAAAUUUUACAGAAUUAGAUCAAUUGAUUGAAGAAGCAAACUUUUAUGGUUUAGAUGAAAUGAUUAAUCAAUUGAAACAAAUUAAAGCUAAAUUAAAAAGAAAAGAAAUGUAUGAAAUUAAACAGUUUAGACAACAACAACAACUGCGUGCAGGUGAGAAAGACUUACAGUGUACUCCAUCGAAACAAUUGAAAAUUGAUAAUCUUAAUGAAAAUGAAAUCACUCAGACUUAUAAUACAAUCAGUAUUGAUAACGCUACAGAAAAUUCAUAUUUUCAAAAUUAUUUAACUUUACAUCAAAGUGGUGAGUAUAAAAAUAAUCCAUCUACUAUUCAAUUAAUGAUGUGGGAUAAUUUUCUUUAUAUAAUGUUAGAAAUGAAUAAAUUCUCACCUCAUCAAGGUAGAAUUAUAUUUUCAAACUGUUAUAAUCACAAAUCAUUAAAGUGUUUCAAUGAUUUAAACAAUUACUUUACAAAUUUCAUGUCGAAUUCUUAUCAAAUAGUAGAAUGUGAAGAUCAUUCUGAAAUAACAUGGUUUAUGAUGUCAACUUAUCAUCAGCUUAAAUUAUGGGAGUUAUUAUUGAAUUAUGGAUUUGAACUUGUUACCCAGUAUAAAUUGAAGUUAUCAGACAAGAAUUGUAUUGUUUGUUUAUUUCGUCUAAAACAGUAA